AUGCACCACUCCCCUGCCCAGGUUCUUGUAAGCAGCAGCAGCAGCAGCAGCAGCAGCAGCGGCAGCAGCAGCAGCAGCAGCGACGGCAACGGCGGGUUCUUCUACUGGUCGAAGGGCAAGAAGCUUCAAGCAGCUGUCGUCCUCUUUAUUGAGGGCGUAAUGUCCUGCUGCAUCUUUGCCACUCCCCCGCUGCGUGUUGCAGCAGCUGUCGCCAUCUUUGGGCUGGCUUUGUCAGUGCUGCUGAGCGGCAAUUUGGGAUUUUUGCCGCACUUGACUGCUGCUCUUUGUUUGGCGCUGCUGGACGACAGACUGCUGGGCGUUGCUGCGCCUCUCGCGCCCUCCAGGACUUUCCUAGAGCGCUGCGCCCUCAUGUCCGGCCGGGUCGUCCUCGGCACCAUUGUUGGGGGUUACUUCCUGAUCUACACCGCAGGGUCUCUGAACCACCUCUGCAAGAUUUGGAUGCGGCCGGGGGUGUCUGCGCCCGCUUGGGUCCUGGCACUUUGUAAGGAAAUGUCUCUUCUCUGCAUCUGCAACGGCUACGGGCUGUUCGCCGUGGUGACCACUGGUCGCCUGGAGCUGGUCCUUGAAGAGCUGCACCAGACGACGGAGGAAAAACCCGUUUGGCUCGAAGUGUCGCUGCCGUAUAAGCCAGGCACGCAGCAGCAAGACUGCGAUGUGAACAGCCCUCCGCCGUGGCUGCUUUCGGGCCAUUUCCCCCGCCUGGAUUGGCGGCUGUGGUUUGUGCCGCUGCGGCUGAAGGCAGCGCUGAAGGGGGUGGUUGCUGGGAAGCGCCUGCUGCAGCAGCAGCUGCAGCAGCAGCAGCAGCAGGCCCCGCUGCAGGCCUCCGCCGCUGCUGCGGAGGGCUGCUGCCAAACCAGGGGCUCCCCUCUUUCCCCUGAAGGUCCCAUGCAGCUGUACCCUUCUUUUUGGCAGCCUUUAAUUCAACGAAUCAGCGCCAGAGAGCCCGCAGUGCUGCAGCUGCUGGGGCCCCAGGGGGAGGCGCUGAAGCAGCUGCCGCCGCCGAUGGCAAUUCGAGUUUCGCUUUAUGAUUACAGAAUGACCCCCCCCGAGGGCUAUCCCCCUUAUGCUGCUUUCUUUCCCGAGGGAUGGAACCACCUCACGCCCCAAGAAAUUCUCAAGCUGGAAAAAGACCUGGUCCAGUGGACCAUUGGUCGCUGGUGGAUGCGGAGGCAGCAGCACGAAAUCGACUGUUUUGUCUUUUCGGAGAAUUACCUGCCCCCAGGGGAUUUUUCUCAGCAUUAG